AAUGGGGUGUUAAUAUUUCAGAGUAAAGUUAUUUUAACCCAGAUAGAGUAUUUUCAACAUUUUUGAGAGUAAAGUUGCUCUAUCAGUGGAGUUAAAAGUGAGUGUAAAAAUCUGCAGAUACGCAGUGACAAUUUCAACUCUACAGCAGUGAUGAAUACCCGCCACUCUGCUUUGCUGAAGUUUGGCACGUACGUUGGUGGAGGAAGAUUGCGAAGGAGUAGCUAGGCCACAGAUAUUGCUAGAGGCAAAAUGCUGUUGCGUGUUCAGCUCGGGGAAGAGCAGAAAUACGUCAAGCUGUCUGAGCUGACAUUCAAUGCUUUCUUGAAAGAAGUGUGUCUAAAAUUCAACAUACCAGAAAGCAGAAAGCCAGACAUUAAGGUGUAUGACCAGUCUGACACAGAAGUUGACUCAGAUGUUUUUGAAGAAUUAGUAAAGGAGUCACCUGGAACUUUCAGAAUCAUGCUGGGCAAUGGACUUGAUACCUCUCAUUCAUCAUCAUGCUCGGGUACAUCUGAUGACACCAUCAUUCUGAAUUUCACUGUGUGUGACGAUGUUGAAGAAGUAGCGGCUGGCGAAGGAAGCCAGCCUAAAAGGCCAUGCCACAUAAACUAUGAGGCAAAAGCACUGAUUGAAAAAAUCCUAACAUCAAAGCCUGGUGGUGAACGCAUUAUGCAAGAGUAUGGAAAAACCAAAUCUCUGACAGAUGCCACCAGAAGACAGAUGAUCAACAUACUUGCUGCUGAGAUGACAGAAACACAUGGGACAUCCCCCCAAAAAGUGUCAGAGUGAUGUAUGCACAGGGGAUAGUAGCUUUGUUUCCCUAUCUAGAAGACCCAUACUCACAACAUGGAUAUGAUCAUUACUACGAUCCGGAGAGUGGUUCCGGAUACCUUGCAUGGCGAUUGAAGACCAUACAAAGAAAAACAGCAGAGGAAAGAGGUGCCUCAGUCAGCAAAUCUCCUAAAGUUGGUGGGCCACGCCGUGAUCGUCAGCCCUUCACCUAUGACAGAGAGCCAUCUGAUGAGGAUGUGGAAGCAGCUAUUGCUGUUUUGAGACACUCUGCUGAUGAAAACACUGUCCGUGAGAAGAUGAAAAUGACCUUCAUAUAUCGGCAAGCAAUGGUCAACGAUGAAGCCAAAUCAUCAGAUGUCUUCUCGGUCUUCCCAAGAUUUCUGGACACACCAGGACUGAUAGAACAAGAUUUCAGACUUCUGUUUGGUGAGGCCACAGCCAACAAAUUCUUGGAGAAGUGGCCAACCACUUUCAAAGCAAAAGUAAUAAAGGAAAGCCAUGGACUUGUAUCCACCACAGAACUCUUGGAUUUGAUGCGCAAUGCUGAGUCAGCUGCUGAAGUUGAGAAUGGCUGGGACAGUGACAUGUCUGCCAUCUUGCUGCUGCUACAUUUGCUACCACCAUCUGCACAAGGUAGAAAGAGGCCGGGAAAGAUGUCUGCAUAUCAAGCUGUAGAUCAGCUCAUCAGAUUUCAAAAGGUUGGAACCAGUGUGCAGCAGCAUCUUGACAACAUCACCCAAAGCAGUCAGCCCUACCUUCUCGCCCAGGGAUCCACACAGAGCAGCAUUCACUCCUACUUCAUUGUGGUUGACAAGCAUGCUCUUCCAUGCAAGGCAACAGGUUCAGUAGGAGCUUUUGACGAAGUCUUUAAAGCCCAUUACGUAUUUGGUACGUCAUACAGUUCUUCCUUGAGCAGCUUUUUUCACUUUUGUGCAAACAACCAUCUAUAACAUCGACAUGGGGGAAACAAAGGAGACUCCUAGAGUUGCUGAGUUGCGAGCAAGAAUGGUGCGUUAGUUGAGAUAAAACUAUGAAGUGUUUUCUUUGCAAAAGUGACCAUGGAAGUCCAAACAACCUUGUUAAGCACCUUAAGAUAAUUCAUGGGCUAUGUACAGGCAGGACUCUUUUUCUGAAAUGUGGUCAAGAAGGAUGCUCACGUUCUUUUGGUAGCUUUUCUGGUUUUAGAAAACAUCUUAACAAGUGCCACGGAGAAAGUUUAGUAGAUUCUAUAGAAGAUGAUCUUUCAGACCCUCAAAGUACCGUCAACACCAGUAAUAUUUCUCAUGUUGAAGUGUCGACUGAAUGUUUAGAGGCUGAGUCAGAGUUAUCUUCGCCAUACAUUGUAAAUAGUUGUGCAGCUGUUAUUUCUGAUCUAAAGGCAGCAGGUGUUGGUCAAAGUACAGUAAAUACUGUAGUGAUUUCCAUGGAAGAGAUUGUUCAAGAUAUUCAUCAGCAUGCUAAAGAAACAGUGAUAAAGCAUGUAUUUAGUAAUGAAAGAGAAACAGAAAUGUGCAAGAAAGUUGAGGCGUGUUUUGAGGGGUUAGAGAAUCCUUUCACAGUUCUAAAUUCGGAAUACAAGCGAUCAAAAUGUAUGACUGCCAAGUGGGAAAUAGUAGAACCAGUUGAAUGUGUGAUUGGUUCAAGAUUUGACACAAGACGAAAUAAAAAGACUGGAACAUAUGAUCAGGUAGUAGUUCAAGAUAAAUUCAUGUAUAUUCCAAUUUUAUCUACACUGCAGUCAAUAUUUAAAAGUCAGUAUUUUGCAGAAAUUUUGCAAAGCUCAGCUACCAGCAACUCUAGACUGAGAGAUAUUUGUGAUGGAUCUUUUUUUAAAAGUCACCCCCUGUUCUCAACUGAGAAGCAGACAAUACAGGUCCAGAUGUUCUAUGAUGAUUUUGAGGUCGCCAACCCAUUGGGUUCCAAGCGAGGUAUUCAUAAAUUGGGUGGAGUAUAUUUUACUUUAAGAAACUUCUCUCCAAAAUGGAAUUCUUUUUUGGCUAACAUACCCCUGUGCGCCUUAUUUCAUACUCAAGAUGUUAAACGAUAUGGUUUUAGUGAAAUUUUUGCUCCCAUUGUUCGAGACAUUAAAGUGUUAGAGAGCGAUGGUAUUGAGAUUCCAUUAUACAGUGGUUAUGUACGUGGCACUGUAGUACAGGUAACAGGUGAUAAUUUGGGUUUGCAUAGUUUGUUUGGUCUGGUG